GGAUGGACUAUAACAUUGAAUCAAUUACAAAACGCGGUUUUUGAGCCCAUUACAGUUGGAGCUAGAGGGAGAAAAACAGAGGAGGGGACUCCAGGAGAGGACUGAAAACCGUGGACACUUUUAACUCCAUAUGUAGGAUUUUCAUUACGAAUUGACAUAGGAGGAGAAGCCUGGGAUUCUACUGCUGCCCAGUCCCGGUCACAGGAAGGAAAGGAGGAGGAUCGCCGGAAAAGUGCAGAAUUUUUCUUAGGGGAAGUUAGGGAAGACUCGGAACGGAAAAACUUGGUUCCCAGUUUUCUGGAAUGAUGGGGACCUCCCUUCCGGCCCUGCUGAUCUUAGGCUGUCUUCUCCCAGGGCCCAGCCUAAUCCUCUGCCAGCUUUCAUUACCCUCUAUCCUUCCAAACGAAAAUGAAAAGGUUGUGCAGCUGAAUUCGUCCUUUUCUCUGAGAUGCUUUGGGGAGAGUGAAGUGAGCUGGCAGUACCCCAUGUCUGAAGAAGAGAACCCCAAUGUGGAAAUCAGAAAUGAGGAGAACAACAGCGGCCUCUUUGUGACUGUGCUGGAAGUGGUCAAUGCGUCCGCGGCGCAUACAGGCUUGUACACUUGCUAUUACAACCACACGCAGACGGAGGAAAUGGAGCUCGAAGGCAGACACAUCUACAUCUAUGUGCCAGACCCAGAUGUAGCCUUUGUACCUUUGGGAAUGACCGAUUAUUUAGUCAUCGUGGAGGAUGAUGAUUCUGCCAUCAUACCUUGUCGCACGACUGAUCCCGAGACUCCGGUCACCUUGAUAAGCAGUGACGGGGUGGUGCACGCCUCCUAUGACAGCAGACAGGGCUUCAAUGGGACCUUCAGCGUCGGGCCCUAUAUCUGCGAAGCCACCGUCAGGGGGAAGAAGUUCCAGACCAUUCCAUUUAAUGUUUAUGCUUUAAAAGCAACAUCAGAACUUGAUCUAGAAAUGGAAGCUCUUAAAACUGUGUAUAAGUCAGGGGAGACGAUUGUGGUCACCUGUGCUGUCUUUAACAACGAGGUGGUCGACCUUCAGUGGACGUACCCCGGAGAAGUGAAAGGCAAAGGCAUCACCAUGCUGGAGGAAAUCAAGGUCCCAUCCAUCAAAUUGGUGUACACUCUGAGGGUCCCCGAGGCCACGGUGAAAGAUAGUGGAGAUUACGAAUGUGCUGCCCGCCAGGCCACCAAGGAGGUCAAAGAGAUGAAGAAAGUCACCAUUUCUGUCCAUGAGAAAGGGUUCAUUGAAAUCAAACCCAACUUCAGCCCAUUGGAAGCUGUCGACCUACAUGAAGUCAAACAUUUCGUGGUGGACGUGCAGGCCUACCCCCCUCCCAGGAUAUCCUGGCUGAAGGACAAUCUGACUCUGAUUGAAAAUCUCACAGAGAUCACCACGGACAUAGAAAAGAUUCAGGAAAUAAGAUAUCGGAGCAAAUUAAAGCUGAUCCGCGCUAAGGAGGAAGACAGUGGCCAUUACACAAUUGUCGUUCAAAACGAGGACGACGUGAAGAGCUAUACUUUCGAACUCUUAACUCAAGUUCCCUCCUCCAUUCUGGACUUGGUCGACGACCACCAUGGCACUACGGGGGGACAGACCGUGAGAUGCACCGCUGAAGGGACGCCACUUCCUGACAUUGAGUGGAUGGUCUGCAAGGAUAUUAAGAAGUGUAAUAAUGAAACGUCAUGGGCGAUUUUGGCCAGCAAUAUCUCAAACAUCAUCACAGAGGUCCACCCCCGAGACAGGAGUACUGUGGAGGGACGAGUGACAUUCACCAGAGUGGAGGAGACCAUCGCUGUCCGAUGUCUGGCCAAGAACCUCCUUGGGGCUGAGAGCCGAGAGCUGAAGCUGGUGGCGCCCACACUGCGAUCCGAGCUCACUGUGGCCGCUGCGGUCCUCGUGCUGCUGGUGAUUGUGAUCGUCUCACUCAUUGUCCUGGUUGUCAUUUGGAAACAGAAACCCAGGUAUGAAAUCCGUUGGAGGGUCAUUGAAUCCAUCAGUCCUGACGGACAUGAAUAUAUUUAUGUGGACCCAAUGCAGCUGCCUUACGACUCGAGAUGGGAGUUUCCAAGAGAUGGACUCGUGCUUGGUCGGAUCCUGGGAUCUGGUGCGUUUGGGAAAGUGGUUGAAGGAACCGCCUAUGGGUUAAGCCGGUCCCAGCCUGUCAUGAAAGUAGCCGUGAAGAUGCUGAAACCCACAGCCAGAUCCAGUGAGAAGCAAGCUCUCAUGUCGGAACUGAAGAUAAUGACUCACCUGGGGCCGCAUUUAAACAUUGUGAACUUGCUGGGAGCCUGUACCAAGUCAGGCCCUAUUUACAUCAUCACCGAAUACUGCUUCUAUGGGGAUUUGGUCAACUAUUUGCAUAAGAACAGGGAUAGCUUCCUGAGCCGCCACCCAGAGAAGCCGAAGAAGGAGUUGGACAUUUUCGGAUUGAACCCUGCGGAUGACAGCACACGGAGUUACGUUAUUUUAUCUUUUGAAAACAACGGAGACUACAUGGACAUGAAGCAGGCUGACACCACACAGUACGUCCCCAUGCUGGAGAGGAAGGAGGUUUCUAAGUACUCGGACAUCCAGAGAUCACUGUAUGAUCGCCCAGCCUCAUACAAGAAGAAAUCUGUGUUAGACUCAGAAGUCAAAAAUCUCCUUUCGGACGACAACUCAGAAGGCCUUACUUUGUUGGAUUUGUUGAGCUUUACCUAUCAAGUUGCACGAGGAAUGGAAUUUUUGGCUUCAAAAAAUUGUGUCCACCGGGACCUGGCUGCUCGAAAUGUCCUCCUGGCGCAAGGGAAAAUCGUGAAGAUCUGUGACUUUGGUCUGGCCAGAGACAUCAUGCAUGAUUCCAACUACGUGUCGAAAGGCAGCACCUUCCUCCCCGUGAAGUGGAUGGCCCCCGAGAGCAUCUUCGACAAUCUCUACACCACGCUGAGUGACGUCUGGUCUUACGGCAUUCUGCUCUGGGAGAUCUUUUCCCUUGGCGGCACACCGUACCCCGGCAUGAUGGUGGAUUCGACUUUCUACAAUAAGAUAAAGAGCGGGUACCGGAUGGCCAAGCCGGACCAUGCCACCAGUGAAGUCUACGAGAUCAUGGUGAAGUGCUGGCACAGUGAGCCAGAGAAGAGACCCUCCUUCUACCACCUGAGUGAGAUUGUGGAGAAUCUGCUGCCUGGACAGUACAAGAAGAGUUACGAGAAGAUUCACCUGGACUUUCUGAAGAGCGACCACCCCGCCGUGGCGCGCAUGCGCGUGGACGCGGACAACGCCUACAUCGGCGUCACCUACAAAAACGAGGAGGACAAGCUGAAGGACUGGGACGGCAGCUUGGAUGAGCAGAGGCUGAGUGCGGACAGCGGCUACAUCAUCCCCCUGCCCGACAUUGACCCCGUCCCUGAGGAGGAGGACCUGGGCAAGAGGAACAGACACAGCUCGCAGACCUCUGAAGAGAGCGCUAUCGAGACAGGUUCCAGCAGCUCUACUUUCAUCAAGAGAGAGGACGAAACCAUCGAGGACAUCGACAUGAUGGACGACAUUGGCAUAGACUCCUCAGACCUGGUAGAGGACAGCUUCCUGUGACUGAGAUUUCGGCGGGGACCUUCCACUCCUGGAGCCACUUUGGAUCCCUUUAAGCAAACCACUUUAUUGCAAUGCAGAAGUUUGGGAGGAGGACUUGGAUGAGGCGUCAAGAGAAGUUCCCAGCCGAGGGCCUCAGGGAGCCUGCUCACUAUGGCUGAAUGGGAGAUUUAGAGAUGGACUUCGUCGGCCUUGCCUCUUGGCCGUGAUUCAGUAGCAUCUCAGCAGCGUGUGAACUCUGGAGAUGGAUGGACAAGGAAGUGAUAGGCCAUGGAAGGUGAACUCCACUUUUCAAGGGCAUUUGGUGAGAUUCCAACAGACACAACAACUUUGAUUGUGAGAAAACUCCAGCAUUGUAAUUAUGUAAAUAGGUCUAACGGAGGACGUGUUUAGGUUUAUGUUAACUGUCUUCUCUGGACUUCUGAAGAGACCACUCGUCCCAUCCAUGUACUUCUGCUUGAAAACUGGUAUCAGCUGCUGUUGAGCUCCUCUGUGAAGUACAUGCAAAACCACUUUUGAACCUUAAAAGGUACAGGUACUAUAGUAGUUCACUUUUUUUUUUUAAAUGUUAAAGAGAUAAAGAAUAACAAUUAACCAAUCUUGUUUACUAGAUUUGGGUCAUUUAGAAGCCCACCAACUCAUUUCAUAUAGUAAUCUACGUUUAUAAUACUACUGUUAUCAGUAAUGCUAAAUGUGUCAUGUGUAACACGUUUUCCCUAUAGAGAAAGCACAAUUAAAAAAUUCUUACUAAGUAGGCAACAAGUUUGACAGUUUUUGACAUUUAUAUCAAAUAACCGAUGUUUCUCUAGAAAAUAUGGUAAUAGCUUUAGUGGAUUAAAUUUAGUUGAACAUAGAGAACAGAGUAAAAGUAGCAUCUUCCAGGAAGUCAAGUGUUUUAAAGUGUGGACUGAAUAGGUUCCCUAAUCCAUUGUGCUAAAUACAAUUAAUCGCCCUCUGAAGUGAUGGGAUUUGAAAGAAACAAAACCCCUAAAUCCGCAAUGUUCUCAAUAUGAAGGCAUAAGCCCAUGCCUAACGUGACUUCUCAUGUUAUUACCCAGUGGAAAAUACAAUCAUCAGCAAAAAAGACUGAAUUUGCAGAGGCCAUUUUCAUGCCUGGUGACUCUGGUGCAUCCCAGCGUCUAUAUUUUUUUAAAAUUUUACAAACCCUAGAAGAGUCAGAAGGAUGCCUUGACUAUGGCUCUCUUUGGUUCAUCUCCUUCCCCACAGAGAAAUAGUUUGAAACUGGGAGAACACACAGGCGUAUGUGUUAGCUUAGGUCCUUGGUUCCCAAAUUUAAUGGCAACCAGGAUCACCAAAUUCUAGGUCCCCACCCCAGAGCCUCUGAAUUACCGAGUCUGGCCAGGAGCAGGAACCUGUAUUUUUAUAAAUUCCUUGGCUGUUCUGAUGAGCCAGGUUUGGGAAACACCUGCUUAGGUCCCCACCCCAGAGCCUCUGAAUUACCGAGUCUGGCCAGGAGCAGGAACCUGUAUUUUUAUAAAUUCCUUGGCUGUUCUGAUGAGCCAGGUUUGGGAAACACCUGCUUAGGAAGUUGCCAUGGGAAACAGAUCAUUUGAAAUUUGGAACUGGGCUAGAAGUCAGCCAUGCCAGAAGCCUACAGUUUAAAUCCUUGGCUCUGGGUCAGUGACAUUCAGUGCCCUCCAUCCAGCAAUUGCUUCCUUUCGUUUAACUUCCCAGUCUUAGCUGAGGCGAAGAGAGCCAAACCUUGGUUUGGCAGGUCUUCUAGGAGUAAAGACACUGCUUCCAGCUGCAUGAGGCAACUGGACCUGCCCCCCCGUGGCAUGCAUGAAAAUGACACAAUUCAGUGUCCCAAGUCUCUGCGUAACCAGGUUGAUAUUUGGGUGAAAAAAAAAGAUUUUUUAAGUUUUGCCAAAAUUGUGGGGUGAGACGGCAGGAUGAUAGUCACAUCCAUCCAGACUGUCAGACUGAUUGGUGUGGGUUCAUUGGCAUUCUUUGCAGUAGCGCUUAAUUGCUGACACCGUGUGAAAAAAACCUGGGCUGUGAUUAGUGCAAUCACGGCGUGUGCUCCUGGCAGGUGAUGGAAGACGCAGCAGCGGUAACAAACAAGGUCCUUGACUCCCCACGGGUGCAGUCUCAAUGCAAGCUCCAACUUUUCUUCUCCCCCAUUUUCAUACUGAGUGUGAAGACUGAGCCAGAUUGGCCAAUUAAAAACAGAAAAUCUGACUAGGUUCUGUAGAGCCAAUUAGACUUGAAAUACAUUCGUGUUUCUAGAAUCACAGCUCAAGCAUUCUGUUGAUCGCUCCCUGUCUGUUGUACAGCCUUCUUUUGACGGUACUUUGCAUUUUGAUGUUCCUUGGAGUUCUGCAUGACAUCAUGAGACUGGAUGAAAAUUCUCAGAUGAGUACGUUCCAGUCCUAAUGAAUACUCCCACCUGAGUUUGUGUGUGACUGCAUUUUU